AUGGCAUCACAAGACGAACCACCCCAAUCCUACGAAGCAACCCACGUCCACGCCGUCUACGAAGAAAUCGCCGAGCACUUUUCUUCUACGCGGUAUAAGCCCUGGCCGAUUGUAGAUCGAUUUCUACGCGAACAGCGCGACGGGGCGGUUGGGGCGGAUGUAGGGUGCGGUAAUGGCAAGUAUCUUGGUGUGAAUGAUAAAGUGUGGAUUGUGGGGAGUGAUCGGUCUACGAAUUUGGUCAAGAUUGCAAGACGGCAUGAACCGCACGAUGUAGUCGUGGCGGAUAACCUUGCACUCCCGCAUCCAGGGGGCAUUUUCGACUUUGCCAUAUCCAUUGCCGUUGUGCACCACUUGUCUACGCUAGAGCGGAGAGUAGAGGCCGUCAAAAGUGUUUUGGAUCUCCUGCAACCGCCGUCGAAGUCAGGUCACGAGGAUUCUAGCCAUGGAAACGGAACUGCUGACACGAGCACAACUGGAGGAAGGGCACUCAUCUACGUAUGGGCACUUGAGCAGAAAGAUAGCCGACGCGGUUGGGAUGAAGGCCACGAGCAGGAUGUCAUGGUGCCAUGGGUGCUGAAGCAGAAGAAGGAGAAGGAGGCAAAGCGGAAAAAGAACAAGGACAAUGGGAUGCAAGAGAACGGGAGCGAAGAGAAGGGGAGGACAGCCGAAGGAGACAAGACGUUUUUGAGGUACUAUCAUUUGUAUCGCAAAGGCGAGCUUGAAAACGAUAUUGAGCAGGCGGGCGGAGUUGUGCUCGAGUCCGGAUACGAAAAGGACAACUGGUGGGCCAUUGCGCGACGCAGGUGA